AUGCUAAUCUUUUGUUCCCUACCUCUUAUAAGUCCUACGUCUUUAAUCUGCAUAAAGUACUUUCUUCCAUACUUUUUACGCUUACCUCCUCUCUCCAUCUCUAUCUCUCUCUUAACCCCUCCCUCCCUCCACCUCUCACACACACUCUCUCUCUCUCUCUCUCUCUCUCUCUCUUUCCUUUCUAAAGCAACUCUGUGCAUAAAAUAUUCGACCAUGACAGAAGUCGAAAAUAAGGUGAUUAUUGUAACGGGAGGUACAGGUCUUGUUGGACAAGCCAUACAAACAGUUGUUGAUAAGGAAGAAAAACACCCAAAUGAAAAAUGGAUCUUUCUCUCCUCCAAAGAUGCCAAUCUUUUAGAUGCACAGCAGACAGAAGCAGUAUUUGAAAAAUAUCAACCAACACAUGUUAUUCACUUGGCAGCUAUGGUUGGAGGACUACCACCAACACUCUUUCAUGGCUCUGUGAGCUCAUUGAACCUGACAUUUACACUUCUUAGAAAUAAUAUCCUAAUCAAUGAUAAUGUAUUACAUACUGCCUACAAAUUUAAAGUGAAGAAAGUAAUUUCCUGUUUAUCUACUUGUAUUUUUCCUGAUAAGACAACUUAUCCAAUUAAUGAGACUAUGGUACAUGAUGGCCCACCUCAUGAUUCAAAUUUUGGCUAUGCCUAUGCAAAGCGUAUGAUUGAUAUUCAGAACAGGGGUUAUCAUCAACAAUAUGGCUUUCAUUUUACAUCUGUGAUCCCCACCAACAUCUAUGGGCCUCAUGAUAACUUUAAUCUUGAAGAUGCUCACGUUCUUCCAGGUCUCAUACAUAAAACCUAUUUGGCUGAAAAAAAUAAUGAACCACUGGUGAUCUGGGGAACUGGUGCACCUUUGAGACAAUUUAUAUAUUCAAUUGAUUUGGCACGUUUAUUUAUAUGGGUAAUGAGAAAUUACGAUGAAAUUGAUCCCAUUAUUUUAUCAGUUGGAGAAGAGGAUGAAAUUUCCAUCAAAGAUGUUGCCGAAUUGGUUGUAAAAUCCAUGAACUUCAAAGGCAAAGUUGUUUAUGAUACAAGUAAAUCAGACGGCCAGUUCAAGAAAACUGCCAGCAAUGCUAAACUGCGAAAAUAUCUUCCAGAUUUUAAAUUCACACCAAUUGAAGAAGGUAUCAAAGAAGCCUGUGAUUGGUUUUUGAAGAAUUAUGACAUUGCCAGGAAGUGA